UGGUUUUGAGUGAGAAGGUUCACUGGAUGAGUGGGAAGCAAGCUGACCUUCAGGAUAGUGACAUCACAAAGCACAGCUCACAAUGGCCUCAGAAAACCUGGACUCCCAGACCACUCUUCCUAACUCACAUCUAGGUUCCUGAAGCCUCUGCACAUGCAGUUCCUGGAGCUGCUGUUACAUUAAAAUGUCAUCUUCAUCGUCUAUCUGGGACAUCAUAGAUUAUCUCUCUCUGAGCUCGAUGUGGAAUUAUCUACAAGCAACUCUUCUGGGGGAGACUAGUGCACCUCAGCAAACAAAUUCGGGGCUACUAGAUAAUCUUGCGCCGGCUGUGCAAGUUAUCCUGGGGAUUUCCUUUUUGAUUUUACUGGGAAUAGGAGUAUAUGCCUUAUGGAAACGCAGUGUUCAGUCCGUUCAGAAAAUAUUGUUGUUUGCAAUCACACUCUACAAACUUUACAAGAAAGGCUCAGAUUUUUUUCAGGCUUUGCUGGUCAACCCAGAAGGGGAAGGUCUCCCACUUCAAGACAAUAAUAUCUUCCUAUCUUUGGGUCUGCAAGAGAAAAUUCUGAAAAAACUUCAGAUGGUGGAAAAAAAAGUGAAGGACCUGGAAGGGAUGAUCAUUUCCCAAAAACCUACCACAAAGAGGGAUUGCUCCUCCGAGCGCUACUGCAGCUGCUCCGACUGCCAGAGUCCCUUGCUUACUUCAGGGUUUACAUCCACAUCUGAAAUGUGAUGGACUCCAAUCUUUUCUAGAAAAGCACUGUUUCCCUCAUGUGUGCAGUGGUGCAUCAAUAAAGACAGAGAACUAUAUU